GUCGCCGCCCUCCUCAGAUAACUCUGAGCUCCGUCCGUGAUCGGAUCAUAUUUGGACCAGGACCAUUUACUCUGGGAUAUCGGUUCUUAUCUUCAGUACGAAAUAACCUGUGUCAUCGGAUUGGGCUCCUAGACCGAUCCCGACAUCCGAUUUCAGCCAGUGAACGAUUCAUCUGCCAUCCUCGCAUUCGUUUAUUUCAUAGAGUGGAGCGUCCGUGUUGCGGAUCGCUUGCGAUCGAGCGUCUUAAAGUGGAUGGAUGGGGUUCUCGCAACCUCCUCUGGCCUCCUCUUACUCCUCCUGACUUCUAGAUCUUCUUUUUUUCCCUCCUUCUUUCCUUGCUUCCUUCCUUCCUUCAGUCGCCCUCUCACGUUCAUUCGAUCGUAUGUACGAGUACGUACACAUUCGAACUAGUGGACAGUCGUCCCCAAAGAGCAUUGUCGUUGUCGUCGUUGCCGUCGUUGCCGUCGUCGUGUUCCUCUUUCAAUCACAUUUUACUGGACCAACGCAACUGAAUUGAACAUCGAGUAUUGUCAUCUUUCUAGGGUGAGAUUGCUCCUAAUCGUGGCAAGCUACUGUACACUUAUCAACAGGGAAAUACUGUUUGUUGGUCCCAACCAAAAUGCUCUCGGUUCCUGAAGGGGUUUCGCCGCCUCUGGUGGCCAAAUUAGAGGCCAUUCAAAAGGAUAUUCGGGUUUUACUCCACAACUUCAAGAUUUUGAAAGGUCGAGUUCAAUCGGAACCUGAGAACUCGAUUCACUCGGAGCGCCUGGAAAUCGUCAGACAUUACCUGUACCAACGCAACGAUCAGCAGAAACCCAUUUUGGCUAAAAUCCGAUCGGAAGUGGCCCAACUCUAUGGAAAUGUCGGUAAAUCCAAAGGUGUCCAACCGAAAUCUGCCCCCACCGAAGCUGAUAUCCGGCAUGGGGAGGAGGCGAUUCCAUCGGGCCAGGCCAAACCCUCGAAAGAGGUCUUGGACAAACGAGCCUCCAUGUUGAAACGAAUGGCCUUGGUUCGGCAACAAAAGAAACGCCGAAAACGCCGAGCUGCGCGCCCAAUCAAAACGCCACGAUCCCCGAGUCCGGUCCAAGUCGAGGAAGAUCAUUGGUCCAAGGUCAAGGAUCCAAUGGCUGAGUUGGGCCCCGAACAGUUUCCGGCACAUGUAGCCCAUUUGGACAAAUUUCAAGUAGAUUUGCAAGUCAAACCCGAAGAUUUAGCCGAAGAACCGGAUCCGAUUUUUCCGCAACAACUGACUUUGAACGACACCACUGAUCAGAAUGCCUUUAUGCUCAAUUUAGGGCUCUUGACAGGACCAGAUCUGACCAAGGUCGAGACACAUCGGGAUAGUGUCUUGGGCCGGAAACGAGAUAUCAGGGAUCGGACCUAUGUCCCCGAAUUCACCGAGAAGAAGCAUCGCGAAUCUUAUCGGUGGCUAAAUGCCACUAACGAUAUCAAUUCCCCGCCUCUUCUUCGCAAACGGCGUAGAAACGUACUUCCCAUCGACAUACCCGUGAAACGAGGACGGCCACGCAAUGUGGCUAGCAGCACUCAGCCUUCGCCGCCCGACUCAACAGCUUCCUUGUCACGCCCUGACACGCCUGUCAAUGGGAAAGACGAGGAGGAGAAUAGUAAUGGUAGUAAUCCUGGUGUGGUUGAUAGCGGGUCUGCAGCCAAUCCUACCUCUGCAGAAACAGCGAUCAGUAUCGACGCCACAGAAACGGACAUUGAUUCGGCUCAAAAAGAUAUGUCGGCCGGGAAAGAGGUUUUAAUCACGGAAGAGAUCAAGGAGUGUUCUUCGCGUCCAAUGGCACCUGAAUUGGCCGAACAUUCGGGCAACGAUAGCAAGCCAGAGCCGGUAAUCAAGACCCCCAACGAGCUUGGGAAGCGAGAAAGAAUUCGUCGUUCCAAGUUUGCCAAGGUUCGGGCUUCCAUGGAGACGGAAUUGGAGAAAUUAGAAGAUAGAUACUCGGAACUGUGUUCCAUUUUGGACGGGAACAAAUUCACCGUGGCCACGAGGAAAGAGAGAGGUCGAAUUAAUGAUAUGAUAAAGGAGAAGGAAGACGUCUCGAUGCAAAUGCAAAAAAUCAAGCAUGUUCUCCAUCACAAUAUUAUCUAGGGCAGUUCUUCGUCAUCCUUUGUGAAUAUUUACCCUUUUAUGUUCAAUGUGUGAACGCGAAAUACCCAUUAUUCAUCAUCAUUUACUGAUCAAAUGUGACAAUCAUGAUACUAAAAAGUUCAAACAAUGAAAAAAGGGUAAAGAACUUAUCAUCCAUGUUUGGUAAAUAAAUUCAAAUUAACAUGAA